AUGACCCAGAAAGCUGUUCAAGAAGCUACUCAAGUCAAACGUCGAACGGUUUGGUCGAUUUCCGUGGACUUGACUGAUGGUGAAGAUGUUAUUGAUGCUGGACCAAAAGCAAAGUGGGAGAAGCUCAGAGAAGCAUUGUCGAUCUGUGUUAGGUGCUUAACCAGAAUACUGAGCUGAAUUUUGAGUCGUAGACAUGCUUUCGAUUCUACGUCAAAGGUAAAUUUGAUUUUUUAUUUUUCUUACGAAGAUUUAGGUAAAGAAUAAUAUAUUGUUGGUUUGAGGGUGUUUUUGACGUUUUUUUGCUGUUGCAUUUUAUGAAAUGUUACAAUAUUUAAUUACGCUUGUUAAUUUUUGAUUUUCGUGAGUUUCGGUGAUUUGGCUGAAACGUUUGGUUAGGUAAAAUAGAUAGUUUAAAGUAAGGUAAAGGGAGCAAAGAGUUUAAUGAAUGCCGAGAUUGAUUAAAUCCGUGAAUGUCUAUAAAAGACGAUUCUGGUCGUUCCAAACUAUGGCAUAUCAAUGAGAAGACUUUUGUUGAAGAUAAGGUAAAUUCUUUGAUUUCUAGUGUUAUUUUUAUAUGUAUAUUUUUAUAGUUUUUAAAGUUAAAAACGUAUGAUUUUAGUAAGUACGUAAUGUUAUGUUUAUUUUACGUUAUAUUCACCAUGAUCUUUGGUGAUGCAGCAGUAAAUAUUAGCUAUUAUUUUCAUGUCUAUUCGUGAUCCGCUUUGUAUCACUGGUAUUUGGUCAAAACAUAAUGUCAAAAAAAACAUUUGUUUUCAUUUUUAUUUUUAAAUUAGCUAUAACAAUAUAGUCGAAUAACAAAAAGAAACAUGUUGUGAUAGACCUCUAGGGGAUCUAUUAAUAAUAUUUUUUCAAAUCAAAAGAUCAUUUCAAAAUCUAAAAUACUUCAAUUUCACAAACAUGCAAAUUUUUCAAAAUUUAAAAUUUUCAAAAUUCUUUUUUAGCGGCUUUUCGUUAUUUCAAAAAAGUCGACUGGUCUAUCAACCGGCUACCUUUGCGAGAUGUUGUCUUACUUCUUCAGUCCACCUCCGAAGCAUGUACAAUACGCGAAUCAGUACGCUGGUCAGUAUCAGCAUUCAGGACCAUAUCAAUCUCCGGUUCCACCUCAAACUGGACAAACUUAUGUUAUUGUAGAUCAGGGCAGUGGAACGUUGUGGGUAACGUUAAUUCAGGCCGUUUUGAUGGUGGUUCUGGCUUUGUACGGGCUUCAGACGGUGAGUUUUUUAGUUUUAAACUUGGUUUUUAUUUUUUGGUUAAUAUGCUGAUAUAGAGCGUAAACAUAUAUGAAAGUUCGCUGUAACCAGCUGUUUGUUACCUAAAAUUUUAAAAAUAUAAAAACUGUUUGUUUUACUGGGCUUUGUUUUACUUUUUGAAUGUAGGUUUAUCUCAGCGCUUUAUAAAAAGACGACUUUGUAUUUUUGACGAAAUGUCAAAAUCGAAGAUAUUGAUUUUUAGGGUAAAAGCCAAAAAUUUUUUUUUGAUUUUGAAAACUUUUUAAGCAAAAAACUCUAUUUUUAUUCUCUAAAUUUUUUAUUGUCUUAUCAAACUUAUUUUUCAAUUAGUUUUUUUAUGAAAAAUUUUUUAUUUUUAAGUUUCGCAAAAUUCGUCUCAGGGUUAAACCCUUCCGGAACACCCUGAACGCUUGAACGUUAUCUAAAAAUAUCACAAUGGAACAGUGUUCCGAGUGUUGUGAAUGCGUUUAUGACCCAGUUGAGGAUCUUUUGAAACGCCGGCGGUGCUUUUCUUUUGUAAACAGUGUAAAGAUGUCUGAAGCGUUCUCUGUCGCAUUCCUCGCAUUUUCGAAAACUUUUGUCGUAUUCAUAAAGUACAGUCUUUAAAAGUGAAAUCAGUGUUUGUGUUGUUUCUUUUGAUUGUACGAAUACAAUGGCGAAGAUACGACAAUGUGUUCGUUAAGCAUUGGUUAUUGGAUGGUUAGAGAGAUGCAGAAAAUUAAAAUUUAAAAAAAAAUUUAUUGCAGUAUGAUUUUUGAUCAAAAGUUUUAAAAAAAUAAUUAUAUCGGUUUUCAUUGUGAAAAGACGACAAAACUUUUUUUUUGGUUUUUAAAAAAAGACCAGUAGCUCAAAGUUUAAAGGUUUAAAAAAUAUGGUUUACAGUUUUUUUGAAAUUUAAACAAAAGUUUAGAUCCUGUGAGAUAAAUUUGUAUUUUUUGUUGAACCAGAAAUAUUUUUGAAUUUUUGUUUUCCCGCCAAAUUGGCAUUUUGUUGCAAAUAUUUUUUUGGGGCCUUUAGGAGCUAAAUGGAUAAACUGAAGUUUAACAGCAUAAGGAAAGUUCUUUUUUAAAGAUUUCUGCUUGCAACAGAAUGCCAAAACUUUUUGAAAACUGAGAUUUCAAAAAAAUGGUUAACAGCUUUUUGAAAUUUAAAAAAAAAGUGUACUAGCCCCCUAUGACCGAUAUGAAUUUGUAUUUUUAGCUGACCCAGACACUUUUUCUGUAGCGUUUCGAAUCAAAAAACGAAAUCCGAUGGUAAAAGAUCUGCUUUUACCAUGCGAUCAUGAAAAUAAAUGGCGUUGCACUUUUUACUGUCACCGUACCAUGCGAACCUUCUACAAAAUCAGCUGUUUCUAAUUUAUGAGGUUGGACGAAAGUGCAACGUUUAGAGAAAUAACCGAAAUACCGUGCUUUGGUCGUUUCGUUGCGAUAAACUUUGUCAUACGUGACUAUAAACUAGAGAUUUUCGAAAAUUCUGUGUUUUAAAAUUGGCAUUUGAGGGCUGAAAUUUUGAAAAUUAAUGAGUUUUUGGUAAAAUACGGAUUGGCAACGGCUAAUUAAAAAAUUGAAUUUUAGUUUUACCGCCAAAUUGGCAUUCCGUUGCGAAUGGUUUUUUGGACUUUUAGGCAGGUUAAAUGAGGAAAAUUAAGUCUAACGCCUUAAGGAAAUUAAAUUUAUACAAAAAGCAGUCGGAGUCUUGCUUGCAACACAAUGCCAAAAACCCGCAAUAUUCAAAAUUUACAAAAAUUUGUUUUAUGGUAUAAAUUUGAGUACAAAAAUUUAAGACAUUAAAGAUUACGAAUUUAAAAAAAAUAUUUUAAGAACAACUCAGCUGACCAGCUCUUUGGUUUUAUUUGAUUUUACAGCUAUUUUUUGUAGUAAUAAUUGUUAUUGUUAGCUAAUCAAACGUUUACGAAAAGAUUAGUCACAUUUUCAAUCUUCUGCGGUCAGUUUUAAAAAAUGCGGUGCGGAUCAACUUUUUUCGUACUUUCAAGGUUGCAAAAAGUACAUUUUUAACACACACGGUAAUUUAUUAGUUAUAGUAUUGUAAGAUAAUAAUAGAGUGAAGUUCAAAACUGAUAGAUUUUGAGGUUUUAAGUGUUUGAGUAGUGAUAAAAAUUGAUAUACAAGCAGGAAAUUUAAAAUUUUGAGUUUAAAUUGAGUGAAACGGGCUUUAAAUUUAACGGAAUACUAAGUUAUACUGUGAAACGUGUUUAUGAGUUUCGAAAAAACGCAAAAAAAAAUACUUUAAAACCAAAUUUUAUGGCAUAUAGAAGGCUGAUUCAUGCUAGAAAAUUUAAAAUUUUAGUAAGUAUGGUUGAUGGAGUAAACAUAUAAGCAGUGCCGGGCGGAGUGAAGAUAAUUUUUUUCAGUUUUACAAUAUUCAACAAGAGUCACGUGAAGAUGAAUACAACGCGCAUGAAGUGGAAGAGGAAGAGUUUGAUCAAACCGGCGUUCCAUUGGAGAGCUAUUCGUACUACCAGGAACAUUCUGUUCCAACUGCUCGAGCCUUCUCUCCUCGAGGUAGAUUUAAGUUUUGUGGACGUUUAAUGACAUUACAUUGUAAAAAAAUUCGUAUUUUAACUUUUUUUUAUUUUUGAAUUUUUAAUUUUAAAAAAUUUUUAAAUUUUAAAAAAGUCAAUUUUGGAUUCAAAUGAUUCUGUGCUCCCUAACUCUAGAAAUUACUUUGAGAGAAGCUCACAAUUAUUUGAACAACGUAAUAAUUUUUCAUAUUUAGUCACGGACAGUCAAUCCACGUUGGCCACGAUCCAAAAUCGAAUGAUGAGCAAGCCGGCGAGCAGGCUCAAGUCUGCGAGCAGAUCGUGCAACAACAGUCAUUGUCAUCCGAAGCCGAGCCACGCCUUCGGCUCGAAGCUCGACAAAGGAGAUUUUCGUCCGCCCACUCUCACGUCCUCCGCCGACGCCGGACUUAAAACCGGACGCGUUCGCCCCACACGUCGACAGUUUCACGAGUUGAGGUGAGCUUACAAAAAGCUGGAUUUUGAAAAAAAAUGGAAUUUAAAAAAUUUAAAAAAAAAAUUUUUUUUUAAUUAAAAAAUUUUUUAAAAUUUAUUUGGGGUAUUGAUGGGCAUCGGUAGGGGGAAAAAUAUUUUAGUUUUGUGUUUGUGAGGGGUAGGGGAGACAAGAAAAAAAUUUAAAAUUUGGGCAUGGUAAAAAUAUUUUUUAGGGAGGGCGGGAGGUUGCAAAAUUAAGGUAUUAAGGCCUGAUGUUUAGGCGGGUCAAAAUGAAUUUUUUGGGUAAGAUAAACCAAAAAUAUUUUUUUUGGAGGGGGGGAGGAGACGUUUUUUGUAACAAAAACCAAAUCUCUAGAAGCUUGGGGAAGUUUUAAUAUAAAAAAUGUCUAGAUUAGGUUAGUGGGUAACAUAUAUUUUGAUAGGAUUAUGCUUUUUUUGCACUUUUACAUGGUUUUUUGAUGGCAAAAGUUGCGUACAUCUCAGCGUGAGCUCAAAAAAAAAGAUGAUAUUCAACUGGUUCGAUAUAUUUUUCAGUUUGUUUUUUUAGUUUAGGUCAAUUUUGCUAUCUAAAACAUGGUAAAACAUGACUUUUUAGGCUUUUUUGAGGUUUUUUAAUCGAUAUUUGAAUACUAGGUAUUGUUGUACUAAAUAUUUUACAUUUUUAAAAAUUUUUAUUAUCAUUAAGAUUUAAUUUUUAGCUUUUUUUAUGUUUUAAAAGAUAUUUUGAUAUUAUAGUUCAAAUUUAAAAAUUUUUCAGCUCCCAAGACAUCAAGGAGCUAAUCAAGAACUGUCCCAACUUUGACACCUUGACCAUCAAGACUGCAGCCUCGAUUCGACCACGUAUCAACCAGUUGAUCCGCGAGUCCGACGAAUCUUUGGCUACUGAAACUGCCAGAUCUCAUUACCCAAGACCUCCAAUCUCAACUCUUACGGCUAGAAACUCCCCAUUCAGACCGAGGAUUGCAGCUGGUUUUGACGAAGUCACUCAGAGUACUCAAACUAGCUGUCUUUGUAAUACCGCCAAGGGAAAGAGCGGCAGAUACGAGAGUCUGGAGUCGUUGAUUAGUCCAGAAGCUUCGGUUUAUUAA